CACAGUGCUGAGGCCUGGGGCAGACAUGCUGGGGAUGCUGUGCUUCGUGGGUCUGCUGGCCUUGUUCGUGUCCUGCGUGGCCCCUCCGGUGCGUCCUGUUCCGGGCACCCCGCUGUCAGACAGAGAGUACCGGUUCUUCUUCGCCCACCUGCAGCCCCCCUGGAAGGCGGAGGUGUCCUGCCAGCUGCGCCAGGCACACGGCUGCCUCAGCCCCCUCAUCCUGCAGCUGGACCAGGAGGAGAACCAUGGCCGUGUCCCCAACGGGCCAGUCUGCUCUGAUGUCCGGGAAUCACCGUGGUUUCAGACCUUCUGCCACUUCGCGCAGUACCGCUGCUCCACGCGCCAGUUCUACAUCAAGCGAAUCCCAUGCCUGAAUUUGUUUCCAAAAAGCCUUCUCUCGACAGAGCAAAACCCCACAGUGGGCUCCUGGACAAGGGACAAAAGCUCUCCUGCAGAAGAAGCUCCAGGGCCGGCUUCCUUGCCUGCUGGCAACCUGCUUCGCACCAGCGUGGACACUCUCCUGAAGCACUCCUAUGCGCUCUCAAACCAGAAACCAGCUCCGACGAACCUUGCCCUGAGCACAACAAAGCUGCCGAGAACCGAGCAAGGCAGCGAGCUGCCUGUGCCCCCAGUGCCCCUGCCAGUCCCACCUACCCCUGCCCCAGUGCCUCCCUGGCUGGGAUCCCCUCAGCAGUCAGCGCAAGCCUGGGAGUACCUGCAGAAGGGCAUCUGGCAGCUGAUCCACAUGGCCCUCGAUUUGGAGAGGUCUCAGGCGGGCAGGAAGGGGUUUUCUCCGAGCUCCAGCACCCAGCCAGCCUCACAGAGCACAACAGGCAGCCCUAAGGAGGAGGUGCAGGAAGCGGCAUCCCGUGGCAGCCUUUUAGCCCUGAAGACGGAUGAGGCAGUGAUGCUCCUGUGCUAUGCAGUGCUGGAGGGAAACUGUCUCUCGUCAGUGGUCACUCAGGCUUGGAAGGAGAUGGAAGACAGAGUCCUUGGGUUCGGAGAUUCGGUGUGUGACAGCCUCGGGCGGCAUCACACGGACCUGUGUCCUGACUGCGCUUUCUGCUCGCUGAAGAGGGAGCAAUGUCAAAACAUCCAUACCCUGGACCGUGUUCACUGUGAGACGGGCAGCUUCUCCCCUUACAUCAACCCUCAGAUCUCAGCCCAGCACCAGGCUGCAAGCAACAAGACCAGCUUCCCAGAGACCUCGGAGAACUAUGGCACGGAGGCUUUCAGAGGGCUGAGGGCAGAGUACUGGUGCAGCCGGAUGGCCACUCAUGGCUGUAAGGACCCUCGUGUGGCCCUCUGGCUGAAGGCGGAGUACAGUGCCUUCAAAGAUGGAGAUGUCCCAAACCAGAUCUGUGACUCAGAUGGAAUUCAGCACCCUAGCUACUGCGGGUUCAAAAGCUACCAGUGUCUCCAGCAGAUCCUCAAAAACCAGAGGGUGUUUCACCGCAGCUGCGACAGGAACAAGACGUACCGGGUGCUGAGUGAGAAGGAGGGAGAGGAGGAAGUGGAGCAGUGGCACCAGAGGUUCCUCAACCUCUCCAAGGGGUGAUGCACGGUAGCAGCGACGUAUGCAUGGAGCACAGGGCUCCAUCAGGCUCUUUGGGGCUGUGGUGGGACGUAGUCACCUGCAUAGACUUGAACAGCUCUUCCCCGACCCCUUGCUGGUUAUGGCAGCUCAUCAUGGCCAGAUCUCACCCUCCAAGCAUCUGCUCUACACCAGUGGCAGCAGCACACUAUGAGGGGAGCCUCACUCAACAGCAUGUCACUGCUGGAACCC